AUGUCUUCUACUUCAGAUCAGUUUUAUAGUUCUUUCGCUAAUGAUUCCUUUGCUGAAGACACCUGCGAAGGAGAACAUCUUAUAGAGGAAAAGAGACCAAAGAAAAAGCAGAAACUCGCAUCUGCACCUGUUCACGCAUAUAUUAAGAAACUUGAAGAUGGCACUCACAUAUGCAAGAUCUGUAAUAAUAGAUGGGGAGCAAAUACAUCGAUAUCAACGAUAACACGUCAUUUUGAAAAAAAGCAUCCCCUUACCUUUAAAGAUUUUCCAAGAAACAAUUUAAAGUUUCCUUAUUCCUUUCCAUACACAUCUGCUGAUAAGCCUUGUGUCGAAUCUUUAGAUCAUGAUUUAUUAAUGUGCUUUAUCAUUAAUCAGUUGCCCUUCUCAUUAGUCGAAGAAAAAUCCUUUAUUAAAUUAUUUGGGUGA